GGGGAGGACUCCGAAUGGGUCGCAGCCGCAGCCGGUCCCCGCGGAGGGAGCGUAGGCGGUCCCGGUCCACCUCCAGAGAGAGAGAACGCAGGCGCCGAGAAAGGUCCCGGUCCCAAGAGCGAAAUCGGAGAAGAAGCCGCUCUCGAUCCCCGCACAGAAGACGUUCCAGGUCCCCAAGACGACAUAGAUCCACAUCUCCUUCCCCUUCUCGACUAAAAGAAAGAAGAGAUGAGGAGAAGAAAGAAACAAAAGAAACAAAGAGCAAAGAACGUCAGAUAACUGAGGAAGACUUGGAGGGCAAAACAGAGGAAGAAAUAGAAAUGAUGAAGUUAAUGGGAUUUGCCUCCUUUGACUCCACAAAAGGGAAAAAGGUGGAUGGCUCUGUAAAUGCCUAUGCCAUAAAUGUGUCUCAGAAGAGGAAGUAUAGGCAGUACAUGAAUCGAAAAGGUGGAUUCAACAGACCUUUGGAUUUUAUUGCAUGAGAAUUGAAAUAUUGAAGAAUGAUUUUUUUCCCCUCAUCUUGAUCAGAACAGUGGAUUUUGUAUUUUGUAUUUAAUAUGCAUCAAAAACAGGAUCACAGUCCCUCCUCCUUGUAAAGUAAGAAAGUUUUAUUUAUGAUGUGUGUAGUUCACUUACCCUGCCUC